AUGUCUCAUCUUCAGAAAUCUCCAGAAUAUGCAGAUGACCAAGGCCAUACCUGUGAGGUGACCCAGGACCUACAGGUUGCAGCAGUCUCAAAGGAUGUGGAGGAACCAUGUCCCUCCUCUCAUCUUCUUAUGAACCAGACCUGUGAGGAGAACCAGGCCCUAGAGAUUACACAGGUUUCCAAGGAUUUGGAGGACCCAUGUUCCUCUGCUCAUACUCUUAUGGGCAGCAAACAGGAAGAUCCUAAAGAUGAGACACCCAGUACUUCUGGGGUUCUUCAAAGUCCCUGUGCCUCUUCAAGAGAAUCUGCUGAGGGUCUUAGUAACCAAGAAGAGCAAGGUAACCCGGUCAAUCCACCAUGUCCACCAGCCCCCAUGAAUUUACCUAUGAUGAGUGCAGAUGGGAAAGUUAAUUUUUUGGUGAAUUACAUGCUGUACAAGUAUCAGAUGAAAGAGAUAAUGAGCAGGGCUGAAAUAGUGAAACUCAUUGUCAGAGAAGAAGAACAUCGUUUUCACGAAAUCCUCAUGAAAGCUGCUGAGCGCAUGGAGAUGGUCUUUGGGCUGGAUGUUAAGGAGGUAGAUCCUGUCAGCCACUACUAUGCCCUCUUUAUCAAAUUAGGUCUCACCUAUGAUGGGAUGUGCAGUGAUGAGUAUAGUUUUCCUAAGACCGGUUUCCUGAUAAUCAUCCUGGGGAUAAUCUUCCUGAAAGGCAACCGUGCCACUGAAGAUGAGAUUUGGGAACUGUUGAAUCCAAUGGGAAUCUAUGCUGGGAUGAAUAAUUUCUUAUUUGGUGACCCUAGACAGCUUAUAACUGAUGAGUUUGUGAAGGAACAAUACCUCAUGUGCCAGGCAGUAGCUAGUAGUGAUCCUGUGCAGUAUGAAUUUGUGUGGGGGCCCCGGGUUCGAGCUGAAACUAAUAAGAUGAAAGUAUUAGAGUUUGUGGCAAAGCUUCAUGGGACAGACCCUACUGCUUUCCCUUCUCAGUAUGAAGAAGCUUUGAUAGAAGAAGAGGAAAAGAGAACCCUUGCCAUGAUUUUAGAUGAUGCUGGCCCGAGUUCUGCUUCUGGUGCUAGUUCUAGUGCCAUGAGCAGCAGCUUUCCUCAUUUCUAG